AUGUCUGCAUCCAGUUCAAUUUUUAUUAAAUCACGCUCAAAGAGCUUAAAAGACGUCAAGUUGGAAGUUCCAACAGAAAAUACGUUGACAUAUCAAUCUGUUUUGCAACAGAUUUCGAAAAGCAAUCACAAUAUUAGCGUUAACAGGUUAAGGUUAAGCUAUCUGAAAGAAGGUAAGCAAGUCGCCAUUGGGCCCUCUGAAUUGAACGAUGUUGGUAAGAAAAACACGUUCGAUUCAGUUAACGAGUGGUAUGUUAAGGAUUUGGGUCCGCAGAUCUCUUGGAGACUGGUGUUUUUCAUCGAAUAUUUGGGUCCGAUCUUGAUCCAUUCUUUAGUUUACCUUUUGUCUUUAAACGCAACAGUUAGGGACAAAUUUCAUUCUAAAAAUGUUCCAUAUAACGAUUUCUUCAAUAAGUUCAUCUACCGUCUGAUUAUGGUCCAUUAUCUAAAGAGAGAAUUCGAAACAUUGUUCAUUCAUUCUUUCUCCCUGGAAACCAUGCCAUUGUUCAAUUUGUUCAAGAACUCUUUCCAUUACUGGAUCUUGAACGGGUUGAUCUCGUUGGGUUACUUUGGUUACGGGUUCCCAUUCGCUAACAAGACCUUAUACAGAGUUUACAGCGCUCUCAAGAUAUCUGAUUUCAGAGUCUUAACCGCUUUGUUUGGAUUGUCAGAGAUGUUCAAUUUCUAUAUCCAUGUCGCAUUGCGUAGAUGGGGUGAUGAACAAAAGAGAAACGGUGUCACGAAGAGAGUCCCAUUGAAUUCUGGGUUGUUCAAACUACUUGUCGCUCCAAAUUACACUUUUGAAUCUUGGGCUUGGAUGUUUUUCACUUUGUUGUUCAAGUUGAACUUAUUCUCAGUUCUUUUCCUUGUUGUCUCGGUGGUUCAGAUGUACUUGUGGGCUCAAAAGAAAAACAAGAAAUAUGGUACCAAGAGAGCAUUCUUGAUCCCAUUCUUGUUCUGA